AUUGUAAAAAUUAUCGCAGCAUUGUUUUAUCUCCAACAAACGCACAAAAAAAAAAAACAAAUAAAGCAGCGUUCUAAUAAACAAAUAUUCCUUAAAAUGGUUAAAAGUCAAGCCAAGGAAACGGGGUUCGUCGUUGAGAAGAUUGUGGAUAAACGCAUUACCGCAGAGGGCAAAGUUGAGUACUUCAUCAAAUGGCGUGGCUAUCCCAAUUCGGAUAACACUUGGGAGCCUGAGGAGAAUUGCGAUUGUCCCUCAAUUAUACAGAAAUUUGAAGAAUCUCGAGCUAAAUCCAAGAAACGUGGUGAAAAGAAACCUAAACUUGAAGAAAUAGAAAAGCUACGCAGCUACGAUCGUGGUUUGCCCAUUGAGCAAAUAGUGGGUGCCACAGAUGCCAAUGGUGAAGUUUCCUAUUUGGUUAAAUGGCAAUUUUGUGAUGAAUUUGAUUUGGUGCCCGGCGAAGAGUUAAAACAAAAAAAUCCCGAGUUUAUUAUUGAUUUCUAUGAAAAACGUUCCAUAUAUCAAAGGAAUAUAAAUGAUCGCUUGUUAGGUGUGCCUGAUGAGCUAAGGAUUUUAAACGCCGAUGGGGGACAUCAUUUGGGCGCAUUACAAAGCAGCUUCUCAAGUACUAACAAUGAUGAAGCAGAGCCAUUAAACACCGAUAUACAGAUGGGAGACGAUUUGAAUGAAAGUGGAGGAAGCGUUGACAGUAAUGCCGUAUCUUAUUCCAUUCCUGUGCCGGGAGUUGGCAAUAUUGCCAUAGAUGUACCGAUGAUGGAUUCUGAUGUGUAAUAAACAUAAAUAAGCAUGCAAAACCAAUUCUACAAACAAUUUAUUUACAAAUAAAUAUUUUACUUUGA